GAUGGCGGAGCGGUGAGGGCGCGUUCAUUCGUGCUGGGAGCGGUGCCUUAAAUCGCGCUGUGAUGCGCAUGGAGCAGCGCUGGGAGAGCGCUCGGCACAUGCGGCAUCGGCAUGGAGUAGUUAAUUGAAUAAACAGCUCAUUAAAUGCCGUUAGCGGGCUGCGUUUGUGCACAUGUUAAAUACGGUGUUGGCAAGUGCUCUGGAUCUGCGUAUAAAGGGCUGCGCUUGGGGCUGGGCCGGCCGUAAAUCCUGCAAGGUCCUGCACUGGAGGUGGCGCAUGCAUUAGGCCAGUCAUUGAAUGAGAUGCUUCCAAGUGCUGGUGUCUAUUACUUCCCGUGGGAGAUCAACAGCUCAGUCCCUGAGGGGAAGACACUGAGGACAUUUGGCAGGUUAUGCUGCUAUGACCUGGCCCGAUCUGAAGCCGUUCUCACCACACAGCACAACUCGGCUCAGUACCAAGUCUGUGUUGACACCAAGUUUGUGGAGCCAUUCCAAGCCCAAGUGGGAUCGUUCUACAUGGUCCUGGGAGAGGCUGAGCACAGGGAAGAAACUUCCAGUCCUGUAGUAAAAGCACGAAUAUUGACCUGCGUGGAAGGGAUGAACGUGCCCCUGCUGGAACAAGCCAUACAGGAGCAGAGGAAAUACUUCAAUGAGAGGCAGGAGCAGAGGGGAAACAGCACAUCCUGACAGCAGCUCUGAGGCCAGCCACACGCUGGUCCUUGCACUAGGAUUUGCAACAAAUACGUUAAAAGUAAAUUAGGAGGUGUGUUCGCUGUGGUAAACAGCAAAGUCACUGAGCAGGGAAACACUUGAAGACUGUGAAUCAGUGUGUGACUGUGGGCUGUCCAUUCCUGCCCUAGGUGUCAUGACUGAAAAUAGCUCUGGGAAGCAGGUUUGUUGUUUGUUUGAAAGGGUGGUUAAGGAAAGGGAACAUUUGGGUUAUACUGGUCCUUUUGUAAUGCACAACAUGAAGUCAGAAGUGUCUAAACCUGGAGUUAAGCAGUUCACCUUUGGCAGAUGGGGGAAAAGGGCAUUAGCACGAAGUUCAUUAGCCCUGCCUGGCUGCAGGCCCAUGAGUUCCUGUGUUGGGGUACCCUGACUCAGCUGCCACACAGGAACAUUCCUGGCAAAACACUCACAUAUCUGGGCUGACCAAAGAAACAAGAACAAAGAGUCCCUAUUUCCAGUGGCACCUACCUCUUCAGGUAGGAAGAACUGGUAUCUAAGGGGAGGAUUAGUUCUAACUCUAAAAUAAAUAUUUGCAGUACUCUGAGUACUUGACUUUCUUCCUUGAUGCAACUAAGUUUAAGACAUCUUAAGUCACUAUUUUGGAGGUAUCUAAAGAUUUUGAUUUAAAUUUUCCUAAAUAAAGACAAAAAAAAGAAGGCA